GAACGGAAGAGCAAUUUGCCUAACCAUAUGAUAUUCAAAACGAACGUUUCUGCGAGUCAGUCUGUGAACUGGGUCAGAAAUUUGGCUCCCCAAAGAUAUAAAGGCCACACUCCCUGCAUCGAGUCUGCAGUCAAUACUCCAAGUGACACCCUCUUAUCAAUCUAACCACCAUGAAGCUCGUUUUGUCUUUUGUUUUUGUUGCUAUCGCUUUGGUACAGACCACAAUGGCAGCGCCCGUGGUCGACAAACGCGCGGAGAAGACCCUCGAAGCUCGUUCGCGCAAGGGAUAUAGCAUCCCUGCGGACUCCUCUGAUAUCGAAGCUCGUUCGCGCAAGGGAUAUAGCAUCCCUGCGGACUCCUCUGAUAUCGAAGCUCGUUCGCGCAAGGGAUACAGCAUCCCCGCGGACUCUGAUAUCGAAGCUCGUUCGCGCAAGGGAUACAGCAUCCCCGCGGACUCCUCUGAUAUCGAAGCUCGUUCGCGCAAGGGAUACAGCAUCCCCGCGGACUCCUCUGAUAUCGAAGCUCGUUCGCGCAAGGGAUACAGCAUCCCCGCGGACUCCUCUGAUAUCGAAGCUCGUUCGCGCAAGGGAUACAGCAUCCCUGCGGACUCCUCUGAUGUCGAAGCUCGUGAUAUCGACUAAGCAUAAGAUCAGAAGCUCGGGGUUGUGGGCCCCGGUCGCGGGUGAAGGUCUUUCCUUAGCGCAAAUUAGUUCAAUAACUAUGUUUAUCAAUGGUUCACCUGCAACGAGGGCUUCGUCCGUUUCUCC